GCCUCCUCCGCCCCGCGCCCUGCGGUGCUGCAGCUGCGGGCGGCUCCAGCUGCCCCCAGAUGUGGGCUGGGCGGCGCGCGGGGAACUUUCGCGCCGGCUGUGAGUGCGGGGCCCCGGCUGCGGUCCGGCUGCCAUGGAUCCGCCGGCGGGAGCCGCUCGCCGCCUGCUCUGCCCCGCGCUGCUGCUGCUGCUGCUGCUUCUCCUGCUGCUGCCGCCGCCGCCCGCAAACGCCGGACUCGCCGCUGCCGCCGACCCCCCAGGUGGGCCCCUGGGGCACGGAGCGGAGCGCUUCCUGGCGGUGCCGGUGCGCACUGACGCCCAGGGACGCUUGGUGUCCCACGUGGUGUCGGCGGCGACGACCGGAGUCGGGGUACGAGCUCGCAGGGCCGCCCCUGUCCAAACCUCGGGCUUCCCAGGAGGCAAUGAGGAAGACCCUAGCGACCGCUUGUUCUACAAUGUCACGGUCUUUGGCCGAGACCUGCACCUGCGGCUGCGGCCCAAUGCCCGCCUCGUGGCUCCCGGGGCUACUGUGGAGUGGCAGGGUGAGACGGGUGCAACCCGAGUGGAACCCCUGCUUGGGACCUGCCUGUACGUUGGCGACGUGGCCGGCUUAGCUAAAGCCUCCUCAGUGGCGCUCAGUAACUGCGAUGGACUGGCUGGUUUAAUCCGGACGGAGGAGGAGGAGUUCUUCAUCGAGCCUCUGGAGAAAGGGUUGGUGGCGCAGGAGGCUGAACAUGGCCGAGUGCACGUGGUAUAUCGCCGACCGCCCACCCCCAAAACCCCUCUUCUGGAGGGUCCACAGGCCCUGGACACAGGGGCCUCCCUGGGCAACUUGGAUAGCCUCAGCCAAGCGCUGGGCGUCUUGGAGGAGCGGGUCAACAGCUCCAGGAGGAGGGCACGAAGACACGCUGCCGAUGACGACUACAACAUUGAAGUCCUGCUGGGUGUGGACGACUCCGUGGUUCAGUUCCACGGGAAGGAGCACGUGCAGAAGUACCUGCUGACGCUCAUGAACAUCGUCAACGAAAUCUAUCAUGACGAGUCCUUGGGGGCCCACAUCAAUGUUGUCCUGGUACGGAUUAUUCUGCUGAGCUAUGGGAAGUCCAUGAGCCUCAUUGAGAUUGGGAACCCCUCUCAGAGCCUGGAGAACGUCUGUCGCUGGGCAUACCUGCAGCAGAAGCCAGACACAGGCCAUGAUGAGUAUCACGAUCACGCCAUCUUCCUCACUCGGCAGGACUUUGGACCAUCAGGCAUGCAAGGCUAUGCUCCUGUCACCGGGAUGUGCCACCCCGUCCGCAGCUGUACCCUGAACCAUGAGGACGGCUUCUCCUCAGCAUUUGUGGUGGCCCAUGAGACUGGCCACGUGCUGGGCAUGGAACACGAUGGUCAGGGCAACCGCUGUGGCGACGAGGUGCGACUGGGUAGCAUCAUGGCGCCCCUGGUGCAGGCUGCCUUCCACCGCUUCCACUGGUCCCGCUGCAGCCAGCAGGAGCUCAGCCGCUACCUGCACUCCUAUGACUGCCUGCGUGAUGACCCCUUCGCCCAUGACUGGCCAGCCCUGCCCCAGCUCCCAGGGCUGCAUUAUUCCAUGAACGAGCAGUGCCGCUUCGACUUUGGCCUGGGCUACAUGAUGUGCACCGCGUUCCGCACCUUCGAUCCCUGCAAACAGCUUUGGUGCAGCCACCCUGACAAUCCCUAUUUUUGCAAGACCAAGAAGGGACCCCCUCUGGAUGGGACUAUGUGUGCACCUGGCAAGCAUUGCUUUAAAGGACAUUGCAUCUGGCUGACACCUGACAUCCUCAAACGGGACGGCAACUGGGGUGCCUGGACUCCAUUCGGCUCCUGCUCUCGUACCUGUGGCACCGGUGUGAGGUUCAGGACUCGCCAGUGUGACAACCCACACCCAGCCAAUGGGGGACGUACCUGCUCUGGCCUAGCCUAUGACUUCCAGCUCUGCGGCACCCAAGACUGCCCUGACUCCCUGGCUGACUUCCGGGAGGAGCAGUGCCGACAGUGGGACCUGUACUUUGAGCACGGAGACGGCCAGCACCAUUGGCUGCCCCAUGAACACCGGGAUGCCAAGGAGAGAUGCAACCUCUACUGUGAGUCCAAGGAGACUGGGGAGGUGGUGUCCAUGAAACGCAUGGUGCACGACGGGACACGCUGCUCCUACAAGGACGCCUUCAGCCUCUGUGUGCGUGGGGACUGUAAGAAGGUGGGCUGUGAUGGGGUGAUUGGCUCCAGCAAGCAAGAGGACAAGUGUGGCGUGUGUGGAGGUGACAACACUCACUGCAAAGUGGUCAAGGGUACUUUUACACGCUCACCCAAAAAGCAAGGUUACAUCAAGAUGUUUGAGAUCCCUCCCGGGGCCAGACACCUACUCAUCCAAGAGGCAGACAGCACUGAGCACCAUCUGGCCGUCAAGAAUGUGGAAACCGGCAAGUUCGUAUUAAAUGAAGAGAACCACCUGGACCCCAAUUCCAGAUCCUUCAUUGCCAUGGGCGUGGAGUGGGAGUACAGGGACGAGGAUGGCAGGGAGACGCUGCAGACCAUGGGCCCCCUCCACGGGACCAUCGCUGUGCUGGUUAUCCCAGAGGGAGAUGCCCGGAUCUCACUGACAUACAAAUACAUGAUCCAUGAAGACUCACUCAACGUUGAUGACAACAAUGUCCUUGAAGAUGACUCCGUGAGCCAUGAGUGGGCCCUGAAGAAGUGGUCUCCCUGCUCCAAGCCCUGUGGCGGAGGGUCCCAGUUCACCAAGUAUGGCUGCCGCAGGAAGCUGGACCACAAAAUGGUGCACCGUGCCUUCUGCAACGCCCUGGCGAAGCCCAAAGCCAUCCGCCGAACUUGCAACCCACAGGAGUGCUCCCAGCCUGUGUGGGUCACAGGAGAGUGGGAGCCUUGCAGUCACAGCUGUGGGCGCACGGGCAUGCAGGUGCGCUCUGUGCGCUGCGUCCAGCCACUUCAUGACAAUACCACCCGCUCCGUGCACACCAAGCACUGCAGUGACAACCGGCCGGAGAGCCGCCGGGCCUGCAGUCGUGAGCUCUGCCCUGGUCGGUGGCGAGCUGGGCCUUGGUCCCAGUGCUCAGUGACCUGUGGCAAUGGCACCCAGGAGCGGCCAGUGCUCUGCCGAACUGUGGAUGACAGCUUUGGUAUCUGCCUGGAGGAGCGGCCUGAGACAGCAAGGAUAUGCAGGCUUGGCCCCUGUCCUCGGAACAUCUCUGAUCCCUCCAAGAAGAGCUAUGUGGUUCAGUGGCUGUCCCGCCCAGACCCCGACUCACCCACCCAGAAGAUCUCGUCAAAAGGCCACUGCCAAGGCGACAAGUCAAUGUUCUGUAGGAUGGAAGUCUUGUCUCGCUAUUGUUCCAUCCCAGGCUACAACAAACUCUGCUGCAAGUCCUGCAACCUACGGGACAACCUCACCGACACGGACGCUGGGGCAGAGCCGCCACCUGGGAAGCACAACGACAUUGAUGUGUUCAUGCCUACCCUCCCAGGGCCCACCCUAGCAACAGGGGUGCAGCCGUCACCAGGUACUCCCUUGGGCGUUCCUCUCAAUGUCUCCAGCACGAAUGCCACUGAGGAUCACCCAGAAACGAAUGCUGUAGAUGUACCCUACAAAAUCCACGGCCUGGAUGAAGAAGUCCAGCCCCCCAACCUCAUCCCCCGACGACCGAUCCCAUAUGAAAGGACCAGGAACCAAAGAAUUCAGCAGCUCAUUGACGCAAUACGGAAGAAAGGGACACUCGGGAAGUUCUAAUAAAAUGGAAAGAU